AUGGCUGGAGCUUAUUCCUCUCCGGAAGGCAACGGCGCGACAGUUGCCGAAGGAAUCACCACGCGGGUCAUCUAUCGUCACGGCUGCCCCGCACAGAUACACUCAGACAACGGAACGCAAUUCACGUCCAGGGAAUUCAAACAACUAUUGGCAGAGUUCGGGAUAGAGCAUCGCACCUCCCCGGUAUACGCACCCCAUUGCAACCCGGUGGAACGAGCCAAUAGAACCAUAAAGACCAUGCUCGCCCAGUACGCCGGAGAACACCACCAGGACUGGGAUGGCCACCUGGACGCACUACAGUUCGCCAUUAACACCGCCCGCCACGAGGCCACGGGAUAUACACCAGCAUACAUCACUCACGGAAGAGAGCUAGCCCGGCCUUACGUGGCGGACCGAUUCGAACCGAACGAGCAAGAACCGGGGCAACGCAGCCGGCAGCUACAGGAGGCCUUCGAGCUUGUCCGCGUUCACCUGGCCCGCGCGUUCCAGAAACAGGAGAGGCACUAUAAUCUCCGACGCCGUGAAUGGCGCCCGCAACCAGGAGACCAGGUGUGGAAACGAGACCGACAUCUCUCACGGAAGAGCGAGGCGUUCAACGCGAAACUCGCCCCUAAGUUUAGCGGGCCAAUGGAAGUUCGCCGCCUCAUUUCACCAGUCAUCGUAGACCUCCGGGAUGCACGCGGCAAGUGGCACCGUCACGUGCAUAUCCAGGACCUGAAACCGGCCGAAGCGAGGGAAACAGCCGACGAAUACGACGCAGGGAGUGACGACGAACGGCCUAUCGGGGGGGCCAUAAACCCCCAAGAUAAGUAUUAA